AAUGAUGUUUGUUAUAGCGUAUUUAAAAAUGAUCAUAACCAAUGCAGUAUUCUGUCAAAAAAGAUCAGUGAUGGACAUUAUUCAUCCAAAUUGUUAUUAUCGAAUAUUUGAUUGUAUUUUAAUUACGUGCAUAUUAUUCGCGUUUCUAUUAAAAUGUAUAAGUUUUGGAAUAAAACAAUAAUCGACGUAUCUUUAAUGAUAAUAUCAUUAUUAUUUGUUAUCGAUGUAUCGUUGUAUCAAUUGUGAAUGGUUGUUAAAUCGUGUUUGUUUCAAUAAUAACUCAUACAGUUUAAAUCUGUUUGAGAUAAUAAUCAAAAAAAGUGAUCAUAGUAAUUAUGAGCGAUGUUGAAAAACAUUUUAUUUGCACGUCACCAGGUUGCAAUAUGAGUUUCACUGAUGAAGAUCAUUUAGCAAUACAUAGAAAGAAACAUGAUAUGGUGUUAAAUCUUGAAAACAAUGACAAAAAUUCUGGAUUUGUAGUUGAUCAAACACCAACUCCAACAAGAUUCAUUCGUAAUUGCGAAGAGGUUGGAUUGUUUCAAGAUUUACAAAAUGUUAAUCCUUUUGAAGAGACUUUUCGAAGAGCAGUUGAAGCAAGGAAUACUGGAACACUUACGGUACCAGGAGAGGUGGAAACAACCGACGACACAUUGCACACACCUCACAUAUUUCCACAUAUCGCAGAUGUAUUGUCCGAUGGUACUCAUAUUCUUUCCGAAACUAACCAAGAAUGUUCUACUCCUAUAACAGUAAUAGGGGAGAAGCCUACGACAAGCAAAGACAAAUCAACGGUGUCAACUCAAACAUAUUCAGAUUUAAAUCUACACUUAAACGAAUCUCAUUUUAUAAAGGAGAAUACACUUGCGUCUUCCAAAACUACAGCUUUACAUGCAGAAAGUAUCGUAUUGCAACAUUUAAAUGUGUCUGUUACUCCUAAAAGAGUAAUGCAACAAUCUUCUUCAAAAUUAUCUAUUAACGGAGAAGAAGUUGAAUUACUUUUGAAAACAGCGGAUGGUAAAUUGAUGCAACUAUCUGCUAAUCCAAUAUACGAAUCAUCUUCUCAAUCAUCUAACAACGCAUCUCCUUCUUCUCAUGUUUCUACUAUCGAACACACUAAACAACAAAAUGUUCUGAUGCGUUCAGAACUUCCACGAAUCAAUAUUCCUAUUUCGGAAUCUAAAAAAGCUCUACCGUCCAAAAUGACUUUUGCUAAAAUGAAACUACAGCAAAUUCUAACGAAAAAAGUAAACACUAAAACUGACAAAUCUCCGGAAACAAUUACAACUGUAAGAGACGAUAAUAUCAGUCAACGACAAUCUAAAGAAGAAAAUUCCAAACAAAGUAUCGAUCAACAUAGAAAAAAGGAUCUUCUUGAACGUAAUCGUGCAAGUUCAAUGCGUGCUAGGGAAAAGCGCAAAGCUUGGGUUCAGCAUUUACAAAAAACUAUGACCAAGGUUAAUGAAACUAAUUCCAUUUUAGAAUUGGAAGUUAAAGCUUUGCGCAAUGAAUUGACAAGAUUGAAAACUUUGUUACUCGCUCACAAAGAUUGUCCAGUUACUAAAGAAAUGCAAAAAGGCAAUGGCGUGGUACUAGGAACCAAAAUAAUAUCUGUGAACAAUGAUUCGAUUGAUACAACAGCAUCAUCAACUAAUAAUCUUACAAUAAAAACUUUGCCAACCAUAGUUCCGGAUUUGACAAAUAAAAAAUCCUUAUCUACAAGUUGUAUAAAAAAUCCAAUAAUUUUACCCAAAAUAAUUGAACAACGACCUGUAACAAUGACAACACCCACCAUUAUUUCAAAUGGGACUAUAGUCAAAAGUAUACCUGGUAUAGAAUUAAUCGAGGUAACACAUUUCAUGGCUGAAAAAGACAACGAUGUUGUCAAACAACCGCAAAUAAUGAUCGUACAAAAUCCAACUAUGAGAUUGGACGAGGGAUCACCGAAAAGAAAAAUUAUACGACUUAAUCCUAAUUACGAAAUUAGACAGGUCUGGUCGAAAAGUACGACCACGUAAAAAAAAAA